AGAGAGUUAGUUGUAAAUUAGGUCAUUUAACGUAACAUAGAUACUGCCCCUUAACUCUGUGAAGUGUUCAGCCGAAGUGUUGACAUCCGCAUGGCUGCAUGGCCUUGAUGCGUCGGUCUCGAUUGAAAUACAGUGACCGCUUUGGAUUACAGCGUGCUGGAAGUGUGCUAACGGCAAAACCUGUUGUUGCGGUAGGCUUAUUAGGCCCCAUGGAGGUUUUGGGGUUAAGGAUUAACUCGUGUGAAGUCACUUCACUGCGCUACUGAUUUGUUUGACAUAAUGAAGUUACUGCAGUGUUGUCAUUGCACUGUCAUGUUACUGCACAAAAAGAAGAAUGUGGGGAAAAAAUCAUCCCACCUCAUAUUGCUAACGUUACAUGUAUGCGAUGAAAUCUGGCUGUCUCUUUGCCCAUACGUUCCCGUGAAAAGUUGUCAGAAAUGAAAACUGGAGUGCUAGCCACUGUGCUAACAUACCUGCACAGGCUAAUGACAUAGCAGCCCAUACCAACAUCCGCUAGCAACGACGACGUGUAUCUUCUUAACGUAGCUCAAUCUGUUAUCCCUGUGUAGCACUUUGGGUAUACUACUAAUCAUAUAAUACCUAGGACAAACAAUGGCAGAAAACCAGACGCUUAACUUUGGACCAGAAUGGCUUCGGGCUCUGUCUGGUGGUGGCAGUAACAGCAAUAGCAUUGCUUCACCACCACUCUCACCUGCUAUGCCAAAGUAUAAACUAGCAGACUACCGUUAUGGGAGGGAAGAAAUGCUAGCACUUUAUGUAAAGGAUAACAAGAUUCCCAUAGACUUGCAAGAUAAAGAGUUUCUUCCGAUUUUACAAGAGGAUCCCUUGCCACCAUUGGCCCUGGUACCUUUUACAGAAGAAGAGCAGAGAAAUUUCUCCAUGUCUGUAAACAGUGCAGCCGUGCUCCGGCUCACAGGAAGAGGAGGCGGGACUGUGGCUGGAGCACCAAGAGGUCGAAGUACCUCAAGGGGACGAGGCCGAGGCAGAGGAGAUGGAGGGUUUUACCAAAGAAGUUUUGAUGAAGUGGAGGGAGGCUUUGGCCGUGGUGGAAGGGAAAUGCACCGCUCUCAAAGUUGGGAGGAAAGGGGAGACAGACGGUUUGAAAAGCCAGGUCGAAAAGAACCAGUAGAGGUAACCCCGGCUCAUUAUCAACUGAACCACAUACGGGCCAAUUAUGAGGAGGCAGGAGGACCGGUCCCAGUGCGUAAGCAUGACUUGACGCGCUCCGAGAGCGAAAACUGGCGAACAACUCGGGAUGAGCUAAACGGUGAGGACGACGAGGGGGGUUGGCGGCUAGCAGGCUCAAGGCGGGAUGGUGACCGGUGGUGUCCACCCAGUCCAGAUGGACCUCGUUUGGCUGCGUGGCGGGAACAUCCAGAGCGCCGGCGCUUUCCAUUUGAUGGCCGGGGGGAGGAGGAGCGGGGUUACCGCCAUCCCCGCUCUGGCAGCGGUAGCCUAGAGGAUGAUCGUGAUGCUCUGCCUGAGUGGUGUCUAGAGGAUGCAGAGGAGGAGACGGGCAUUUUUGACUCUUCUGGAGCCUUCCACUCGCUCAAGAAGGGUCCUAAGGAACCCAUCCUUGAGGAGGUUGAGCUGGACUUUCGGCCUAUGGAAGAGUGUGAAGAGCAGUCAGAGAGAGACGAAAGGGAAUUGGAGGAAAGUGAAGACGCAGUCCCUGAAGCCAAGAAGGAGACAGAGGGGAAGGAGGUCGUGGACAUGGGGAAAGGUGAUGAGGAAGUAGUCAUGCCCGCCUCCAUCCCAGCGGCCUCCACCCCUCCUGAGCCCACUGCACCUUCGCCUCUCUCGCCCAUCCAAGCUGUUCUUCAAGCAGAGGACAGUCUGAGGCUACCGGAGAGGUCCCCAGAGAUGCCGCCUGAACCCCUUAAAGGACCCCAGCACAUGAGCGCUCCCUUAGGCCUUGUGGAGGCCAUCACGCUACCCCACGUGACAUCCGUUAGUACUGACCUGCCUGUCACCACCGCCACGCUGCCACAGCCGGUACUGCCUCCACCUUUGGAAAUUCCAGCCGCAGUCACCACCAGCCUGCCCUUCCCAUCGGCCGUCAUGGCACCAGUUGACCGGUCUGUUAUCCUUCCACACGACACGGAUGAAGAUGAGGGACUAAAGCACUUUGAGCAGGAAGCUGAGAAGAUGGUGGCGUAUCUCCAGGACGGGGUGGCAGACGAUGAGUUGGCCAAGAUCACGGACAACCCCAAACUGACGGCCUUGCCGAUCACCCACGAGGCUGCCUUGAAAUGGUUCUACAAGGAUCCUCAGGGAGAGAUUCAGGGGCCGUUCAGCAACCAAGAGAUGGCCGAGUGGUUUCAGGCUGGCUACUUCACCAUGACCCUGCUGGUGAAGAGGGGCUGCGACGAGGCCUUCCAACCCCUUGGGGAGAUCAUGAAGCUCUGGGGCCGAGUGCCCUUCACACCUGGCCCAGCACCACCGCCCAUUCUGGGGGAUGUUGAUCAGGAGAGAAUAAAGAGGAACUUUACGGCAAUCAAUCUGUAUCAGAUGCAGCAGUUGCAAUAUCAGUAUCUUCUCAGGCAGCAGUUUGUGCAGGCACAGGCCCUUGCCCAGCAGAAAGCAGCAGCUCUCACCCCAGCACCUCCGCCCCAGCCCCAGCCCCAGCCCCAGCAGCAGAUCAACAUGCUCCUCCACCAGGCCCUGAAGAUGAGGUCUUCAGAAGCAUUGCUCCCACCUGUGACGCGCUCCAUGUCGGUUCCGGACUCUGGUUCCGUGUGGGACAUGCAGAACCCUCCCUCUCAGGCCCCUUGCACCCCAAAUAUGCAGCCAGCAGUGCCAAACACUGCAUGGGAGAGCAGCAGUGUGUGGGAUUUGCCUGUCGACGCGAUGGCACCAGCGCCGACUAUAGAGCAAAUCCAGCAGCUCGAGAAAGCUAAAGCUAUGAAGAUGGAGUUAGAGAGGCGUGAGGCUGAGCUGCGUGCCAAGCGUGAAGAAGAGGAGAGGAAGAGGCUGGAGGAGGCACUGCGAGCCCAACAAGCCCAACAAGAGGAAGAGCAACGGAAACGCCUGGAAGAAGAGGAGUUGGCACGCAGGAAACAGGAGGAGGCUCUGAGGAGACAACGAGAGCUGGAGGAGGCGCAGCGUCGGCAGAAGGAGGAAGAGGAGCGAUUGGCCCAGGAGGAGGCACUCCGAAGGCUGGAGGAGAGGAGGAGAGAGGAAGAGGAGGAGGAGCGGCGGAAAAGAGAAGAGUUUCUCCGAAAGCAGGAGGAGGAACGCCGGAAACAGGAAGAGCUGGAGGCCUUGCGAAAGCGGGAAGAGGAGAAGCGGAGGGAGGAGGAGGAGGCGGCGGCGGCGGCCGCAGCGGCGGCGGCAGCUGCAUUGUUGGCACGACAACAGCAGGAGGAGCAGCAGGAGCUCCUGAGGCAGCAGGAGGCGCUCAGGCAGCGGCAGCAGCAGCAGCAGCAAGACGCCCUCCGCCGCCUGCAGCAGCAACAGCAGCAGCAGCAGCUCGCUCACAUGAAGCUCCCCUCAUCCUCGAAAUGGGGUCAACAGUCGACAGCCUUGACGCCGCAGUCCCAGAAUGCAUUGUCACUUGCGGAAAUUCAGAAAUUGGAGGAGGAAAAAGAGCGGUUGGCACGACAGGAGCAGCGGCGGCAGCAGCAGGAACUCCAGAAGGUUCAGCAGCAGUCUCAGCAGGUCCAGUCCAAGCUGCCUGGCUGGGGCAAUGUGGCCAAACAGCCCGCUGCUACCAAGUCCUUGUUGGAGAUCCAGCGAGAAGAGGCGCAGCAGAUGAAGCAGAGGAAGGAUCAGAAGCAGCAACCGCCACAGCAGCAGCAGCAGCAGCAGCAGCCGCAGCAGCAGCUACAGCAGCCACCACCGCAGCCGCCACCUGUCCAGCAGAACAGAACCAACGCCUUGAGCAGUUCAGCGUGGGGCUCUGUGACCAGUGGCGUCUCCACAUGGGGUUCCGACACCAGCAGUAUCUGGGGUGACACGCACAACUCCAAUGUGGGCUUCUGGGACGAUGCCAUCAAAGAAACCGCUCAGCCUCCCCCUCCACGCAAGAGCAACUCUCAGAAAAACAAGGGAAACGCUAACCUCAGUACCUCAGCCAGUGCGAAAGCGAAUAAGAAGGUGGAGGAGGAGGAAAAGCUGCUGAAACUGUUCCAGGGAGCCAGUAAGAGUCAAGACGGGUUCAUGCAGUGGUGUGAGCAGACGCUGCACACAUUCAACUCUGCCAACAACCUGGACGUUCCUACAUUUGCCUCUUUUCUGAAGGAGGUGGACUCGCCCUAUGAAGUGCACGACUAUGUCAGAGCCUACCUCGGUGACUCGCCUCAGGCCAAGGACUUUGCAAAACAGUUCCUAGAGCGCCGUGCCAAGCAGAAUGCCAAUCAGCAGAAACCACAGCAGAUCCAGCAGCAAAAACGACAGCAGCAGCAGGAUUCUGUUUGGAGAGAAACGUCACAGCAGCAGGUCCACCAGUCCAACCACUCAAGCCUCCAACAGCAGCAGCGCUUUGAGACGGUGACAUCAGGGAAAAAGAAGAAAAAGCAGAAGAUGGUCAAAGCAGACCCCAGCCUCCUUGGGUUUUCAGUCAAUGCCGCCUCUGAAAGGUUGAACAUGGGUGAGAUCGAGACAGUUGAGGACUUUUGAGGAGCUGGGAGGAGACCGCUCAACACAUCUGAACAGCUGCCACUCACCACCACCCUCCCACGCCAUCACUACUCAUCUGUUUUUCUUUUCCCUUUGCCCCCUAACCCCUGCCCUGUGUCAAAUUCCAAGCAGUGGAUCGCUCCUGGGAGCCUCUUGACACCCGUGUCAUGCCCAACAGCCAAGAGGGUCUUAACAGGGGAAGAAAACAGAGCUCAACUCAGACUAGCCUUUACUCUGUAGAACAACUGACUGGACUUCAUGGUUCGGAGAGGACCUUGUUUGAUCAACAGGUGCUCGCUUCAGGACAAGUUCACCUCAACUCGUCAGUCCCCCGUGGCCAGUGCAUGGCCCUGCAAUCUCAUCCUCCCCUCCCAUUUUAUUUUAUUAUUUUUUUUCUUUUCAAAAUUGACAUGAUGAGGGUCAUGCAUUUAUAAAAGAUUAAGUUUUAUAAAGAGAUGUAUACCAUAUUUAUUAUUUUCCCCCAGCCUAUGCCUCACCCUCUUCAUUCUCCCCAUUGGCUGACGGUUGUUCGUGGACGAUGGUGUUAUAGGACCUAAGGAUGUACUUCACCACUGUCCUGUUUUAAGGACAUGUCUUGAAAGUUCCAACUAGUUAUCCAUUUCUUGUAAAAUAUAAGGCUGUUUUAAAGAAUAAAAUAUCAAAUUCUGCAUCUGUAUUAUAAUUUAUGGAAAGGUUGGACUAAUGGAGUCAUACUUUUUUUAUUUUGCAGUUUGAAAUAAAUCAGCAAUCUGAA